AUGAACUCCCGACACAGUGAAGUAACGAAGGGUACUGUGGAACAAGUAUUUGUAAAUUCUACCCCCUUUAAACAACGCGAGAGUGACAACGCCACUACAAAAAAUGCAUUAUUUGACAAUUUUAAAGAGAAGGUUGAAUAUGAAAUAUCAAAUUUAUUGGCUAAACUCACCAAGCAAGACGAAACUAUCAACAUAAAUAAGCAAGAUAUAUGCAAAUUGCGUGAAGAAAAUUUGCAUCUCAAAUCACGUAUCUCCAAAUUAGAAGAAAAGAUGGCCUCGGCCUCCAUAGAAAAAUUCCCUGGUGCUAUUGAAAUAUCUUCUGUCACACCUACAACGCAGUACGUCCCCAUAAGCACUAAGAAAAAGGCCAACGAAGACCGAAUACCGGAAAGUAAUGUGCCUAAUAUGCAGUCCAAUCCAGAAGUUAGUGUACCUACUUAUGAAAAUUUGACCUUGCAACCGCGAACCCAGCAGACAAAUAAGAAUCGUUACGACCGCCCACCAAAGAAUUCCACUCCUUGUCCAUUUCUUCUGCGUCGAGGUUGGUGUCGAAAGGGAGACCGAUGCGACUUUCAGCAUCUUAAACCAUCUCACAAUACACAUAAACAUAAUGUCCCCUGUCCUUUUUUGCAGAACAGAGGCUUCUGUCUGAAAGACGAUCGAUGUGAUUUCUCCCACGCUUGGGUACCAACCAGAAG